CAGUCGAAAAUCUGUGGAAACGGCGAAAUGCUAUUUUUGAAAUAAGCGACAAAAAUUAGGAAUUUAGUGGUAUUAACCACUUGUUUUCAAUUCUAUUAGCAGAAUUAAAAUACCUCGUAGUGGAGAUAAUAUUAUAGGGAAAACACGAAAUCGAGCAAUCGAAAUUCAAAAAUCGGCCCCCAGAGUUAACACUCACGCAACGCCACUUCUAGUCGCGCCAAAAAAGCAAAGCCAUGUUCCAUUGUAAUAAAAUGUAAUGAUGGUAGGUGAGGAAAGGUUACUUUGACAGAGGAUACUAAACCCAGAGGAAAAGUAAUUCUAUCCCGGAUUAUGACUUUAUCCCGAAAUGAACCAUUAAAAAUAAGGUUUCAGCGGUCGUUUUGCUCGGACUUUGAUAUUUGGCAGGGCAAUUAAAUGCUUGCUGCUAUCUUAAUUAGCAGUCUCGUAAUACUACCUACAUGUAUUUAGUGGGGGAGUAAUGGUUAUGGGUAUUUUGAACCGAUACAAAAAAACGUAAGUGGAAUUUAAAGAUAGGGAAAUAUUAAGUUUUUUAGGUUUGGUUAUUUACGUUUUGCGUAAUUCGCAAUGUGACGACCCCAUCGUCAACUGGUUUGUAGUCGUUCAACUCAGGGUUGAGGAUUACAGGAAAAGUCAAGCCGUGAAUUGCAUUAGACAAUUUGCUAACAUGGAAUUAAAGGAAAUCCCAAUUAUCAUGAUCGGUUUAUUAAUCCGAUAAACAAGAAAAAAAUACGUCGAGCAAAACUAGACUCACAUUCUUUUAAAAAAGGUUUAUGUUAUUUUCGCUAACAUGCCUACUGUUAACUUUAUCAUAUUAUUCAUGGUUUUAUCUUUUAUCGAAGAGACGUGAGAAAUAUAUCGAGUGAUAAAAGAUGCGUGCAUGAUUUUACAGUUUUGUAGCAAUAUUUACUUAGUAAUUGUCAAAACAGGUUGAAUUUUGGUAUAAUUUGUAACGUAGAUUUUAUUGAAUAAAUAAUACACGAGUAACUAAUGUUUCAAAUGGGGACCAAAAGUGAUAGAACGCCUAUAGUGGAGGAAAUGGAAACCGAACAUGGCGACACGGACAGCACAACAGUCCAAGUAACUCCAGUUCCAGUUUCGAGCAAUCCCGAAGUAUUAAGAACUUCAUCGAUCUCCGCAUCUUUUCACAUACCAUGGAAUUUUUUGCAAUCGUGCGCUAAUACAAUGGUGUAUACUCUGAUUGGUGCUAGUUCGUUUGUGACUUUGUGGUUUGGAAUGAAAUCUCCGAGCGGAAUGACAAUUUUUCAGUGGCAUAUUGUGCUUUGCGUGAUUGGGUACCAACUGUUUAUGCCGUACGCGAUGAUCUGUCUCCAAAGUGACAGCUGGAUAUCAGCGCUGUUGUACACACACCGUCGCCGCGCCCAUUGGAUAAUGCAACUGCUGGGGUCAAUAUUGGCCUUCAUCGGCUCAGUCAUCAUGAUGUCUCUCAAGACUGUUAACUUCAACUCGCUACAUGGAAAGUUCGCUUUGGCAGCUCUUCUCUUCACCAUCGCGAGCCUCGCCAAUGGAGUCUCCUCACUUUUUGCGAGGCAACUACGCCGCUACAUCCCUCCAAGAGUUUCCAUGUUCUCGCACACACUAAUUGGCACUUUAGCUUUCUUACUAUCCUCGAUGUAA